CCAUCAUGGCGGCGCGGCAGUGACGGGCCGGGCGCGGUGGGAGCGAGCGGCGGAGCGGCUCGGCGCGAUGAUCCCGGGCGAGGAGGUGUCGGCCCGCAGGAGGGAGAUCGAGGACAAGCUCAAGCAGGAGGAAGAAACUCUGUCCUUUAUCAAAGAGAGCCUUGAGAAGAGUGACCAGCUCACCAAGAACAUGGUUUCAAUCCUCUCCUCCUUUGAGAGCCGUUUGAUGAAGCUGGAGAACUCCAUCAUCCCUGUCCACAAGCAGACAGAGAACCUGCAGCGCCUGCAGGAGAACGUGGAGAAGACCCUGUCCUGCUUGGAUCAUGUCAUCAGUUACUACCACGUGGCCAAGGACACAGAGAAGAUCAUCAAGGAAGGCCCCACGGGGAGGUUGGAGGAAUACUUGAAUUGCAUGGACAAAAUCCAGAAGGCAGUGGAGUACUUCCAGGACAACAACCCUGACAGCCCAGAGCUGAACCGUGUGAAAUCCCUCUUUGAGCGGGGCAAGGAAUCCCUGGAGUCGGAGUUCCGCAGCUUGAUGACACGACACACCAAGCCAGUGCCACCCAUCCUGAUCCUGGACCUGAUCAGUGGGGAUGAGGAGAUGGACACACAGGAGGAGAUGUCCCUGGAGCACCUCCCGGAGAGCGUCCUGCACGACAUCAUCCGCAUCUCGGGCUGGCUGGUGGAGAAUGGCAGGAACCAAGAUUUCAUGACAGUUUACUUCCAGAUCCGCUCCGUGCAGCUGGACCGCUCCAUCAAGGGGCUGAAGGACCAUUUCCGUAAGAACAGCUCCUCCUCAGGGGUGCCCUAUUCCCCUGCCAUUCAGAACAAAAGGAAGGACACCCCCACCAAAAAGCCCAUCAAGAGACCAGGCACGAUCCGUAAGGCUCAGAACCUUCUGAAACAGUACUCUCAGCAUGGUCUAGAUGGGAAAAAGGGGGCCUCUAACCUCAUUCCUAUGGAAGGGAGGGACGACGUCUUCGACAUCGAGAUCGACGCGUACAUCCACUGCGUCAGUGCCUUCGUCAAACUGGCCCAGAGCGAAUACCAGCUCCUGACAGAAAUUGUCCCAGAGCACCACCAGAAGAAGACCUUUGAUUCUCUCAUCCAGGAGUCAUUGGAUAAUUUGAUCAUGGAGGGUGAUAACAUUGUCUCAGCUGCCCGGAAAGCCAUCAUCAGACAUGACUACUCAGCUGUGCUCACAAUCUUCCCCAUCCUGAAGCAUCUCAAGCAGAUGAAGCCAGAAUUUGACCAGGUUUUGCAGGGAACUGCAGCAGGCACUAAGAACAAACUGCCAGGGCUGAUCACUUCCAUGGAGACCACUGGUGCAAAGGCACUGGAAGAGUUUGCAGACAACAUUAAGAAUGAUCCAGACAAGGAGUACAACAUGCCAAAAGAUGGAACAGUUCAUGAACUCACCAGCAAUGCCAUCCUUUUCCUACAGCAAUUACUGGAUUUCCAGGAGACAGCGGGUGCCAUGCUGGCAUCACAAGUUCUUGGGGACACAUACAAUAUUCCUUUAGAUCCCAGAGAGACCAGCUCCUCAGCCAGCAGCUACAGCUCAGAGUUCAGCAGGAGGCUGCUGAGCACCUACAUCUGCAAAGUUCUGGGCAACCUGCAGCUUAACCUGCUUAGCAAAUCCAAGGUUUAUGAAGACCCUGCUUUGAGUGCCAUUUUUCUGCAUAACAACUACAAUUACAUUCUGAAAUCUCUGGAGAAGUCUGAGCUGAUCCAGCUGGUGGCAGUGACACAGAAAACAGCUGAGAGGUCCUACAGGGAGCUCAUUGAGCAGCAGAUCCAGACCUACCAGCGCAGCUGGUUGAAGGUGACAGAUUACAUCUCUGAGAGAAACCUGCCUGUCUUUCAACCAGGAGUGAAGCUCAAGGACAAGGAGAGGCAGAUGAUAAAGGAGCGCUUCAAGGGUUUUAAUGAUGGGCUGGAGGAGCUGUGUAAGAUCCAGAAGGCCUGGGCAAUCCCAGACAUGGAGCAGCGGGACAAAAUCCGCCGGGCACAGAAAACCAUUGUGAAAGAGACCUAUGGUGCCUUUUUGAGCAGAUUUGGCAACGUGCCCUUCACCAAGAAUCCUGAGAAAUACAUCAAAUACCAGGUUGACCAGGUGGGGGAGAUGAUUGAGAAGCUGUUUGACACGUCAGCAUAAAUUUCCAGCUGUUGUGAACUCUCCAGCUGCCAAGUACAAGCCAGUGCUCUCUCAGAAACCUUUGGGACUCCCUUCUCUUCUCCCCUGCCCCAUUGUGGUGGGCAGGGUGUUAUACUUGUAUUUAUCAGAUUUAUAAACCUGUGGAAACACUAA